GGUGGUUUACGGCAUGUCGCAAACGCGAUGAAAAUGUGCGGCAUGCAGCCGUCACUGCACGCUAGCUAAGAUGCUAAGUAAACAACAUAAAUCAUCGAAUCCAGCCUCUCGGCGCGAUGGAUUGACAGUUUGUGUGUUUUAAGGUAGUACAAAAUAAUGAAAGUCAAAUAUUUAUUUUCCAGUUUUAUUAAGGAGGCUUCUGUCGUGAAAGUGAAAAGUUACACACAACUGUGCUUAAAGGGAGGCUAGAAAAUUAGAUAACUCAGCUAAAAUUGUGUUGUUUCGGUCGUUUUUCCAUACAUUUGAAACUCGCAUAUCCCCAAAUUUAGUCUAUUUUAAAGACUUUGUACUGUUUUACUAGGAGGCUUCUGUCGUGAAAGUGAAAAGUUACACACAACUGUGCUUAAAGGCCUACUUAAACCCACUACUACCCACCACGCAGUCUGAUAGUUUAUAUAUCAAUGAUGAAAUAUUAACAUUGCAACACAUGCCAAUACUGCCUUUUUAGUUUACUAAAUUUAAAAUUUAAAAUUCCCGCUGCGUUUCUUGUUCAAAACGUCGCAGAAUGAUGACGAGUAUGAUGACGCGUGUUUGUGACGUCUCGGGUUGUAGCAGACACGGCUAAAAGUCGUCUCUUUUCAUUGCAUAAUUACACAGUAAUUUGGACAUCUGUGUUGCUGAAUCUUUUGCAAUUUGUUCAAUUAAUAAUGGAGAAUAUAAAGAAUAAUGCUGUUGGUGGAAAGCGAUGGAUUGCAGAUGCCUUUAGCACUGAAACACAGCCGGUGUUUCUUUGUUUGUUGUGAAGCUUUAACACAGAGCGGUCAAGCGAACAUGUUUCUCUACGUCAACCAGCAAGUUUUUGGAUGGGAAAAUUGUGAUAUUAAUUCGGCUCUUACCGGAGACUUGAGUGGAUUAUUGGACCUCCUCCUGUAGCUGUCAAAAAGGCAGCUGUGAUCUUGGCUCAUUGGCUUCUCUCAGAGACACUGGCGUUCACCGCAGCGAUCCGACUUUGAGAGAGAAAAGAUGGCCGAGAAAGAGGAGGAGCCAUCUCUCCAAGGAGUUGGUGUGAGUCACUGUGACUCCGCCCCCUUGCUGUGGAGGAUGAAGGACCUGCGGACGGUCAGAUCCCUUGGCCUGGUGGGGGCGCUGCUGGGGUCCCUGCCGCGGACCCCCCGACAAAAUGUCCGCCUGGGUCGGCCGUUGUUGCUACUGCCAGAGGAAGAGCGGCUACUAGCAGAGCAAGGCGUGUCCGCCAUCUUGCCACCGGGACCGCUGGACGCUAAAGGGGCGGAGCUUCGUCAGCAGGUGGCACAAUUCGAGGAGAACCUGCGGUGGAGUUUUGACGAACAGCGCGUCCUCGCUCUGCGCGACAGGAAGUCAGCGCUGGUCAGAGCCAUGAGCUCAUCGCGUGCAGAGUCUGAAUCGGGCGGCGAUGAUGAAGACCUGCGUGGACGCCUGGAGGCCUUGGAAGGCAGCUUCAGCUUCCCUCGCUCGGCGUUGGCGGUCCAGCUCAGCACAGCAAGGGCGGGAUUGGCCUACUGCCCCGAGGACCGCACCCUCCUCCUGGCAGGCGUGCCCACUGGCCAAGAGCCACAAUGCAACACACGAUACCAGGUGUUUAGAGACCUGAGGGGGCGGGGCUUCUACCUCACUUCAGCCGGCAAGUUUGGCGGCGAUUUUCUUGUCUAUCCCGGCGAUCCCCUUCGUUUCCACGCUCACUUCAUCGCCGUGUGUCUGUCCGAGGACGAGAGCGUGCCGGUACUGGAUGUCCUCGCCGUGGCUCGGCUGGGCUCCAACGUCAAGAAGACUGUCCUCUUGUGCUCACCGCAAAGUGGCGGAGGCGUGACCUACUCGUCCCUGCAGUGGAGCGGGAUGGUUUAAACCACGCCUUCCAAUUCCUUCAAGUGAGAACUUCAUUUUUUUUUUUUACAAGUGUAAAUAAAAUGUCAUGUUUA